UACACAUGUGCGGACGCAGUCAGGCGACGGUCGAGUAUUUUUUUGGCAAACUGUUUGAAAGGCCUUCAAAAAUCAGUAGAGAUUUACUACAUUUGAUAAAUGAAUUAUCAAAGAGCUCGCCCCACGAGACGGGCACCGGGUGUCGACCCAUGAGAUACCGUGGCUUUACGUUAAUUAGCGCCAACUCCAGUGUCCAAACCGGACUAAAUUUUACACCGAUUCGGAUGAACAAAGUGGCCAAAACGAGCCGACAAUUGUGUUUUAUAUUUUCAGGAAAUGGGUCUCAAUUUGCAACGAUUAACAAACAACUGCUCAAUUUUGAUGUUAUCUCAAACUCUAUUCAUAAGUCGGCGGUUGUCUUGCGGGACAAAGGCGUGGAUUUGUUAACUCUAUUGACUAAACCAAAUGCCGAUUCCAACAAUUGGGUGUUGAAUACAAUACUAUCUGCGGUCGCCAUUCAGAUGGCUUUGACGGAUCAGUUGCGGCAUUUGGAUAUCACGGCCGACCAUAUGAUUGGCUACUCUAUCGGUGAGAUAGUGUGCGCGUAUGCGGACGGCUGUCUCACUGUUCGGGAAACCCUUUUAGUGGCCUAUUAUUGCGGGAAUUUCAUCGACAAAAUGGCAGUCAAGAAGGGUCUGAAGCGGACGUCACGCCACCUAAACGGCGAUAAUAUGGGCCACAGUUUAGAUCAGUAUUGCAAUGAAGUGCUGACCACUGGUACGGACGCAAACUUAGACAUCGAGACAUUGGUUCAGACGUUGGAUUCAGUGAUCGGAUCCGAUCGUAAAAUGUCCUCCAAAUGCAUCUCCAAUACAAACGAUUAUAAUUGUCAUAAUAUUAACAGCAAAUACUUUGUCGAUUGCCUACUAUUGCCGCCGAUGUUAACGAAUACGUUCGCUAAUUGUGUGCCCAACGGGUCAGUGAUUGUCGACUUGUCUCCGGACACUCUAAUGGCGAAUGAGAUCAUGAAUUUGAAUACAAAUUAUACAUACAUUCCUCUAAUGAAAAAAAUGGACGACAAUUGCGAGUCAUUAUUGUUGACCGGUUUGGGCCGACUCUAUACCCAUGGCUUUAAUGUUAGUAUAGAAAGACUUUAUCCUACAGUUGGGGGUCCGGUAUCGACGGGCACUCGAAUGCUGUCGCCAUUCAUCCAAUGGAAUCACACAAAAUCUUACCUUGGGGGUCCGGUAUCGACGGGCACUCGAAUGCUGUCGCCAUUCAUCCAAUGGAAUCACACAAAAUCUUACCGUGAGAUCCGAUUUCCCGAUUAUUUUAAUUACUUUCGAAAUCUGUCGGACGCGUCCUAUACCAUUGACUUUAGGGAUGUGAACGACCAGUACAUUCUUGAUCACUGUAUUGAUGGCAAAAUCCUAUUCCCGGGCACCGGGUAUCUGAUGCUCGCGUGGCGUUCACUGGCUUUUCACAAGAAAAUCUCAUACAAGGAGUUAUCGGUGGAGUUCCGUGACGUACAGCUACUACGGGCCACACCCGUGACGGCCGAUAAAAAAGUCACAUUCAAUGUGAAUUUGGACAGAAGUACCGGACGUUUUCAUAUUAUCGAAAGCGGAUCAAUUGCGGUGAGCGGUACUGUACGCGAGAUUACCGGCGAUCAACCGCUGCGAUACACGUCUGUAUUGAAUGAAAUACAGUCGAUGGCCGACACGAGUCAUGAAACGCCCAUUUUAUUGCAAAGUAAUGAUGUGUACAAAAUGUUGAGAACUCGGGGUUAUAAUUACGGCCCGAGUUUUCGCUGCAUAACCGACGCCCACGAGAUUCGGGACACGUAUUGGUCGGCCGGUAUUGAGUGGCGCCAGAAUUGGGUCACAUUUUGCGACUGUUUGUUACAGACAUCUCUAAUUACGCGAUCAAAACAAUUGGUAGUUCCGGUGGCCAUCGAUGAGCUCCGAUGCGAUCCAAAGCAACUGUUUAGCGGACAAGUUGUCGAGAGGCGGACCGUAUUUGAUCCGCACCUCAAUAUAAUGGUGACGCCGGGACUGGAGAUCCGUGGAGUGCGGACCAGUCCUCUGCACAGGGAUGUCAAGUCCCAAACGCCGGCUCACAUGAGCUAUAAGUUCGUCGCGUUUGACGAGAACUUUAAACAUGGAUUGGAUAAUGACAUGACGUGUUCAUCAUAUGACGAGCGAACCUGUCUUCGCUCUCAACUCACAAUAUUUGCCCAAAAUCUCAAUCAAUUGAGUUGUAAUCGCGUGAAUGUGUUGGAAGUAAAUGAGAGCUCAGCGCCAAUGUAUGGCACAGUUAUGUCGGCGAUAGAUAUGUUGCACUACAGUCUCGACGUUAACUUUGUAUUGAUUGGCAAUACUAUUGGCUUCAAUAAAGAGGACAAAAACUUGUAUUCAAAUACUUUUACUCUCAACGAUUCAUGUCUGGGAUCUGAUGUGAAUGACGGAAAUAUUGAUCUGAUUGUCUAUAAGGAUCAAAGUCUAUGCAAUUUAACAGCCAAUGAGAUCCAAACCGGAAAAAACAAUACAUUAUUUUUACAUUUUUGGCAAAACCUCAUUGAAAAUGGAUUUUUAUUGAUUGUAUUGAAGGUCGGGAUGGAUGAGGAGGUGAUGGCUUUGGCGCAGAAGAUUGGUUUUCGUAUGGUUUCCCAUAAGAAACACUGUUUCGCCGUUCACUCACUUUUGUUUCGAAAGAUAAUUAUUGACCCAUUGAUUGAAAGACAGAUAAUCAUCAAAUUUACCAACGAUUACAGGCUUUGGUUGCAGAGAUUUCAACGCGAAUUCAGUGAAAUCGGCAACAAAUCCAUUGAACAGAAUAUCUGGUUAGUCGCCAACGGAUCGGCUGAGGGGUUGUUGGGUUUCAUGAAUUGCAUACGAAAGGAGCCGAACGGACAUCGGAUCAGAUGCCUGCAGAUAAUGGACACAAAUAACGACACCCAAAGGCCAGUGGUAUCGGACAAAACAAAUACUAUGUUAAACGAUAUCAUCAAAAAUGAUUUGGCAAUAAAUGUGUUAAGAGAUGGUAAAGUCGGUCAUUAUGUACUCAAUGAGCUGCCGGUGCGGCGCAAGACUAUAGAUACCGAACACUGUUUUCUCAAUUUGCAAAACAGAGGCGAUUUGUCUUCGUUUCAAUGGUUUGAAUGUCAGCACAAGUAUUGGCCGCUGAACCGGAAGAUCGGCGAAAAGUUGGUUCACAUAUACUAUUCGGCCCUCAAUUUUAAAGAUAUAAUGUUAGCGACGGGUCAGUCAAUCGGUUCACUAUCACCUCAUUUAAUACCUAAUAGUCGACUUCAAUUGAAAGCUCCCGACGGAGAGACCGAAUGCCUGAUUGGUUCAGAAUUUGCGGGAAGGGAUGAGAACAUGAAUCGAGUGAUGGGAAUGGUUUUGUCCAAAGCGUUGGCCACCACUUGUCUGGUCAAAGAAAUACACUUUUUAUGGCCGAUUCCCGAUCACUGGUCGAUGGAAGAGGCGGCUACUGUUCCCUGCGUUUACGGAACAGCGUAUUAUGCGCUCAUAAUUAGGGGUAAAUUACGGCCAAAAGAGUCAGUAUUGAUCCAUUCGGGUAGCGGUGGUGUGGGUCAGGCGGCCAUCAGAAUAUGCCUGAGUCUGAACUGUCGUCUAUUGAUAACCGUUGGCUCCGACGCCAAACGCCAGUUCCUUCAGGAGUUGUUCCCGAGUUUAGGCGACGAGUGUUUCAGCACAUCCCGAGACGCAACCGCUUUCCGGCGUCACGUUAUGACCGAAACGGACGGCGCGGGCGUCGAUGUGGUCCUCAACUCAUUGUCCGACGAAAAAUUGUUCGCAAGUUUGGAGUGUUUGGCCACAAAUGGACGCUUCCUUGAGAUCGGAAUCUAUGAUUUCGUCAAAGACUCGCUUUUAAAUCUCGAGGAAUCGAUAUCGCGAUCGGACUUAUUGGAUGGAAAUGUGGACACAUUUUCAGUGGUUGAACACGACUUGGAUCUGCCCAUCGUUGGCGUCAAUCGGAUCCGACUCUACCCGUACUCCAAACACUUGCGGACAGUUUGCCUACGCUUUGAAUUGUAUGGCUGUCCAUACGAUGUAAUUGAUUGCAUGACUGCAACAAUUCUGCUGCGAAUCCCCGAG